AAUGCUUGUUGUCAACAGUUGCAGGGUUUCGUUUCGCAUCAGCUGGAGCUGUUGGCGGGUGACAAGAAGAACCCCCGAGGCUGUACAUAAAUUCCUCUGCAGCUAACGGGUGUUAAAACUGUCAGUAUGGCCACGGCGCAGUCGAUGCUGCUUCUCGCAGUUCACAUUCUUCUCAUCUCGGAGUUCAUCCUGGCUAAGAGAGACUACUAUGAGAUCCUGGGGGUGCCCAGAGAUGCCACGGAGCGCCAGAUCAAGAAGGCUUUCCAUAAACUGGCUCUGAAGUAUCACCCUGACAGAAACAAGGGCGCAGAUGCAGAGGCGAAGUUCAGAGAAAUAGCAGAAGCUUAUGAAACGUUAUCGGAUGAUAAGAGGCGGCGAGAGUAUGACCAGUUUGGCCACUCUGCCUCAUCAGGAGAAGCUUACCAAGGAGGUAGAGGAGGCGGCGGCGACUACAACUUCAGGCAGCACUUCCAGUCCUUCAACUUCAAUUUCGACGAUAUCUUCAAAGACUUUGACCCGUUCGGUCAACAACACCAGCACCACUUCCACUCGCAUCAUCAGUCGCACCAAAAGAGACACUUUGACAGCCACUUCCAGGCUCACAAGGAGGCGAUGAACCGGCAGCGGAGAAGCUUCCAGCAGGGGAGCUUCGGCGGAGGAAUGUUCGACGACAUGUAUGAGGACUUGGAGAAAAUGUUCUUCUUCAACACCCACACUGCCAGAACCGAGAGCAGAUUUCAAGGUUCGGCGAAGCAGCACUGCAGGACGGUGACUCAGCGCAGGGGGAACAUGGUGACCACCUUCACCGACUGCUCCUGAGACGAGAUGAAGGAUUUAAAAAAAAAAAAAAAUGUUGGGUGCUGCACAAAUUUUAGUUGCGGUGUUGAAAUCGAAUUGAAUGCUAAUUUAUCACUUGGUGUGGCUUUUGUAACUCAUUGCGUUUUUUUUUUUUUUUUUU